AUGGCCGAUUACGUAAUUGAUGCAGGGCAUGAGGGUGAUCAGGAUGAGUUCGUUGAGGAAGCGUCUAAAGAGGAAUCCAUUAAUUCAGACACGUUCGAAGCUGAUAUUGAGGCGAUGAAAGAACGAUUAAAGGAAAUGGAGGCGGACGCUAACAAGCUCCAUAACAUAAGUAGCAACGUCGAAAGAUCCUCAGCGAAAUCGAAUGUUUCAGUUGUAUCAGAGGAAGAGAAAGCCGAGGUCGACUUACGUUCCAUUUAUGUUGGCAAUGUGGACUAUGGUUCGACGGCAGAAGAACUUGAGGCUCAUUUUCGUUGUUGUGGCGCAAUCAACCGUGUCACCAUCUUAUGUGACCGUUACACAGGCCAUCCUAAAGGAUUCGCGUACAUCGAGUUCGAGAGUGAGGACGCAAUCGAAGCAGCUGUCGCACUUGACGACUCCAAUUUCCGCGGUAGACCUCUGAAAGUCAUGCCAAAGAGGACCAACCUUCCUGGUCUGUCAAGUUCUAGCCGGUUCAGGGGCCGCAUGCGUCGUCGUUUUAACCCGUACGGUAUCAGAGCAGGGUAUGGGUUCAUUCGCCCAAGGACUUCCCGCUUCAGGUGUGGGUCGUUCAUUGUGUGCUUUUAUUUUUUAUUUUUGCACUUUUCACAUUGGCUUUUUUUAAAUAUUGUAGGAGACGUCGUAUUUAUUUCAAUGCACCGUAUUGAUUGGGCGCAUGAAAAAAGAAAAAAAACGAAGUCGAACCUAAUUACCUGCCAGCCCGAAGACUGCGACCCGGGUAUGCGCUCGAAGUCAUUCUUCCCUAUUUCAAGUGGCGCUGUUGUCAAUCCGGUCUUGUUUCGUGCCAGGUAA